CGCCAGGACGAGGGGCGUGGCCCGGCGUCACCCCAGCUGCUUUCUCAGCCCGGCUCGCGGGAGCCUUCAUUCAUUCAUAAAGGAAGAAGAGGAGGAGGAGGAGGAAGGCGAGCGCGGCCGGGGUCUCCGUCUCGUGUCCGGCCGCAACGGGCUGAUCCCGGGAGCCGGAUCGAUCCGCGGGAUCUGUUUUUUUUUUCCAGACAUUUCGUCGGUCGGAAGGUUUUACCUGUCUCACCGGUCGGUCGGUCGCUGUGAAAUUGGACAAAAUGAAAAGGCAUCCAGAUUUUUGCUGGGCGGUCAGUCUCCUAACCGCCCUGUGUUGCCACCCAGCGUGGGUUCAAGCCUGCGGGGACCAGGAGUAUCGGGGCGGGGACGGCCGCUGUGUCCUCUGCGAAGCCUGUCCAGCCGGAGAAGAGCCCGACAGAAAAUGCGGUUAUGGUUCAGGAUUAGGAAUGACCUGCAAGCCAUGUUUGGCUGGUUUCUUCUCUUCCACAUCCGGCCUGGAAUUCUGCUCCUUGCAUGCUUCUUGUGAGGCCAAGAAGAGGGUCCAUAUCCACGUCGGAACAGCGACUGCAGACACCUGGUGUGGUGCCUGUUUACCUGGGUACUACAGUCCAGACGGGGAGACGGAUCCGAGAAGUAGCUGUCUCCCUUGCCUGUCUGCCCCCAGGGGGGCCCCCGGAUGCCAAGGUUCCAGGAAACGGCCAUCUCGCCUGACCCGAAACGCCGAAGCCCACCCGAGACAUGGUGAGAAGUUGGUGCUGAACGGCACGCGGGAUGGCAAGGCGGACGAGAGUGCCACGCAGUACGCGGUACUGGCCAUCGUCCCCGUCUUCUGCAUUAUGGGUUUGCUCGGCAUCCUUUUCUGCAACCUGCUGAUGAAAAAGGGGUACCGCUGCACGGCCCAGAAGGAGACGGACGAGGAGGCGACCAAAUCGGACAGAACCGGGAGCAGCUCAGGCCAUAAGACUGAAGAUGUCAACGAAGAUACCAUCGGCGUCCUGGUGCGCUUGAUCACGGAGAAGAAAGAAAACGCAGCUGUCCUGGAAGAGAUGCUGAAGGAAUACCACAGCAAGCAGCUCACGCAGCCGAUUUACAAGCCCGUGAACAAGUUGCACCUCCUACCCCAGAUCCCAAACAUUUGUCCUCAUCAGCACCAUCUCCACACCGUCCAGGGCCUGGCCAUGCGCUCGGGCCCCACCUGCACCCGCUGCAGCCAGAAGAAGUGGCCAGACAUGCUGCGGGCCACCGAAGCCGUCUCCGCAAAUGUGCUGCCCGGUAGCCAUGCCCCAAAACCCCACCGGCCGGGCGAGAUCACAAUCCUCUCCGUGGGCAGGUUCCGCGUGGCCCGUAUCCCCGAGCAGAAAUCCAGCGCCACGGAACUGAAAACAGUCUCCGAAGGGGUGGGGGAGGCCGAGCCCAGCGAGCCCCCUUACGCCUCCCUUGCCCCAGAGCAAAAGGCGCUGGUCAGCAACGGAGGAAGACUGAAACGGCCCUCCGUGGCAGAGGGACAGCAAGAGGUUGUCAUUUGACUGCCCCGUGCGGGCCGAGAAGAUGGGAGCAACGCAACCGUUGGGGACGCUGUGUGUCCGAAGCGCCUUCCCGGCUCCUGCGCAUGUGUUGGGCAUCGGCGAAAGUGACGGCCGACCGGCUAGC